ACUUGCUUGGCGCGAUAUUCAAUUGUCUAUUUCACCACCGCGGGAAACAUGAUAAUCCCGAGGGCACUAUUCGUGCUGGUUUACCUGAAAUGCGUCUGUUCGAAUCAGACCGCUCAAGCGGGUUCAGAUCCGGCGGAUGUAGAGGAGAUGGAGUACUCCGAGGGUACCUCGGUGGAGGCCAAGUAUUUGCUACCCCCUGUGAAUGUUAGUGUGAGUGGAAAUGCGUCUAUCCAUACGGUGAGGGCCAGUUUGGCCAGAGUGCUGGACUUUUACAACACCGAGCUGCUGGCCGCCAAUUGGGGGCGGUUUAAGGGAUCGCUGAGUGAGGGUUGUCGGAAAGACAUGGAUACUUACAUUCAGGGGCUCGGCCGUGCUGAAAACUGGGCUCUCAAAAUGGACGACGCAAGUGGCCGUUACUCGACCGGAUGGUUUUGGGGAAACAUUUAUUGGAUGGGUUCUCAAAGUCUUUGCGCGCAUAUAACACCAAAAAAACAGAUCAUCGUUGACUCGCAAAACCAUUCUAGAUCCACUCGAGCAGCUGCAGUGUCUCUAAAACCACAAAGUCCUAGUGCUCCAUUGGGAUAUAACUCUGGACCAGCUAUUUACACUUCAGCCCCUUUUCCGUUGUCUUUCUUUAUGCUGAGACUGCAUUUGAACUCUAGUUUUACCACAGAGGAGAGAAUUUUACACUUUGGACUAUGUUUGCCUUUAAAAUGUACCGACGAAGAUGUUAAAAGGACGAUGGAAGAGACUUCGAAAUCCUCCCAAAAGAUUACAGUGAAGGUAGAAGCUGUUAAGUCCGAACAUAAUAGAUAUAACAUGUGGGGUGAUAGGACUUUCAUAAUUCUCUGUGUCGUCACCAGCAUCGUUGUCGUUCUUUUGGUCAUAGCAACACUUUUCGACUUAUACCUGGGACAUCAGAAAAAAAGGAAUAAGAACUCACACUUCAGCACAAAAUUGGACAUGAGCAUGCCUGAUAUAAAAACUAAAAACGGAAAGUGCAGUCUUUAUGUGGUAAACAACAACAACGAAGUUUGUAUCAACGGUGAUGACCAUCUUCAAUCGCAGAUUAAUAUUGGUAAUAAUAAUUCUUCACGAUCACGCGAAUCGCCCAUAAGAAUGAUUCUAAAAGAAGUCCUACUAUCGUUUUCUUUAAAAGCAAACCUAAAGUCUAUCUGCGACCAAACAGUUGGUAGUGACACCAUUCCGGUGUUACAUGGAUUAAAAGCAAUCAGUAUGGCUUGGGUCAUAUUAGGGCACACCUGUAUCAUCGCUUUUAAAUAUUCAGAUAAUAUGGAAUACAGAAAGGUAGUGGAGAAAGAGUUUAUGUUCCAAACCAUAUCAAAUGGGACUUUCAGUGUAGACACCUUCUUCUUCACGAGCGGAUUGUUGGUGUCUUUCCUUUAUUUCAGAAGCAAUGCGAAAGGAAAACUUGAUCCUUUGACCAAUGGGAAGAGCGGACUUAUGGCGGGACUGCUACAUUUCGUAGGACUGAUCGGCUACAGAUUUGCUAGGUUAACUGCACCAUACCUCUUCACUAUAGGAGUUGUUGAAGUUUCUAUGAAAUGGUUCUAUUACAAUUCUGUGUUUGAACCUCCAGCUAUGGAUCACGUGAAUUGUCCAAAUUAUUGGUGGAGGAAUGUGUUGUAUAUUAAUACUUUGUUCCCAGCACCAGAAAUGUGCAUGUUAUGGAGUUGGUAUUUGUCAGACGACACUCAGUUCUAUAUUAUAGGAGCAAUAAUGCUUAUUUUGGCAGCAAGUCAUUUUAAAAGUGCUGCUGCAUUGCUAGUGGUUUUCCUGGCAAGUUCCUGGAUGACAACUGGAUAUAUAGCCUACAGCAACAGACAUAUGCCUGGAUCUGACGACCCCUUGGCACUUUUUGAUAAAAUCUAUGACAAGCCUUGGACUAGGUUGGGGCCCUACCUGAUAGGCAUGUGCACGGGGUGGCUGCUUUUUAAGAAAAACUGUAGGAUACGUAUGUCAAAGCUGAGCGUUACAGUUGGCUGGACAGCAUCUGUAGCAUGUUUACUCUCACUUGUUUAUGGUUUAUACGAAACACGUCUCACCCCUUCAGCUGGUGCUGCGUACAGUGCCCUUAGUCAUUCUGCUUGGGCUGUAGGAUUGUCCUGGAUUGUUGUGGCAUGUUGCACUGGUUAUGGAGGUAUCGUAAACAAAAUACUAUCGGCAACAAUCCUCUACCCAUUCAGCAGAGUGACAUACUGUGCGUACCUCCUCCACCCCAUAAUAAUAAGAGUGAUGGUAAUGAGCAUGGACAGCCCACUCCAUUUAGGCACCAUCGUAACAUUAGUUAUCUACAUGGGGCAAGUCGUAGCCUCAUAUGCAAUAUCUUUCUUACUUUCAGUCGCAUUCGAAGCACCUGUUGUGUCGAUGCUUAGAAUAAUAUCAAAAGUGGUGGCAAUCAAGAAAAGUCAAUCUGCCGCAUCACCGUCUUGAAAGAUAUGUUGUAAUUAAUUGUAAUUUUGUAUAUAUUUAUUCUCUCCUUUGCUGUGAAUGUGUGCAAGUGUGUAAUGAAGCAAGAAAUAGGAUACUGUUAAAUUUUCUUGCCACUUAGUAUUAAUAUACAAAUAGUGGUGUGCGAGUAUUGUUUGUAAGAGGUGUUGUGUAGUUAAAAACAUGGAAACAGACUGAUACAACUGUUUGCUGAAUUUUUGUUACAUGUUUUGAGUUUUGUUUAUAAAUCCUAAAUUUAAUUCCUUAAAAUAUUAAACAUUUAUUAGAAAUAUAAGAAUAUGUACUUGAUAAAACAUUUAGUAAUAUGGUCCUUUUCUUUCCUUCUCACUAUAUUAUACUGGAGAUCUAGUAAAAACAAAAUAAAAACUCAAAAACUGAUUUAUACAGGGUCACAAACAUGUAAAGAAACCAUAGAAUGAACUUAUAAAUGGACAAUAUUAACUUUUCGAAGUUCUUCUUAGACAAUCUUAAAAACUUCUACUGUUUAAACAAAAAUACUGAGAAAUAAAUGUAUUUAUUUCUUGAUUUUUGUAACUAAAUUAAAAUUUUAUUUUAUACCACUGUUACAGUAUUUCUAUUAAGGAUAUUAUCCUGCACGUUAAUAUUAAUAAG